CCAAAACAAAUCCUCCAUCCUUCCGUGCAAUGCGAUCCCGUACCGCCUUCCGGCUCCCUCAGCAAGUUUGUGUGAGCCAGCCUGUGAUAGUGUUCAUAGAAAGACGGCCGUUUAUACACAGGUGUGAGGAAUGGUUUCCUGGUGCGAUUCAUGCGGGAUAAAGCAACUAAAUAACGAGGAACAUUAAGCAGCGAUCAACAGGACGACGCUCGCUCGGGUCUAUCCCGACAGACAGCAGCGAAGUUUGGUUGAGCUCAGAUCCCAAACUGCUCACACACAGGUAGGACAGACAGACGGCUAUUUGAAGUUGACGAAAAGAGUCUGGCUCCGCCUCUUCUCCAUAUGAUAUGACAUCACUCUGCGGUUACCACAGAAACCAGGGCUCCACUGCAGACGGUUGACAGCCAGGCAGGUGGUGUGAUGGCUGCCCAGGUUGAGGUUGAUGCUGGGCGGCCAUGUGUGGUUGGGAGUCGUCUGCACCUUAAUCCUCUCAUAGACUCUAGCAACAAGAGCUUGAUGGAGAGUUCAAGUGGCCCCCAGGGGACACUUACUAUUUCAUCAGAGCCUAGAAAACCUGUCCCAGGCCCCAAGCCCAGACUCACUCCAAAACCCUUCACUGUGAACAAAAAUCCUACUAUACGCCCCAUUCUUGCUCCCAAACCACAGCCAAAACCUAGACCUGAAUCCAGUCAACCAGUUUCCUACAAUACAGACCUGCCCAGUACACCUAAACCACAGCCAGCCAAUAAACUCAGUCUACCAUCUGCCUUUAAUACAGGGCCGAAGCCCAGCGGACAGACAAACAAACCUGUGGCACAACCCUUUAAACCAGCACCUACUAUUGCCUGUUCUGAUUCCAACAAAUUAAGAACGUACCAAACUGGGGAUGUGCUGAGAAGAACAAGCUUUGGAGCCACACCGGCGCGACUCAAAAUCGAUGGUCAUGCCUCCACUCCUGGUGUUGAAUGGCCUUUUGCUUCUCGGAAAAAACAGGCCAGCCCUUCGAUCACUCGUGCUAAAUCAAUGGGCUUCCUAUCAGAGAUAGGACUGAAUUAUGAGGACAGUAAAAAAGAUUCUGGUACCAAGGAAGAGUUUUCUCCUACUGUUCUUCGGCCCCAAUCUAAAGGUUCAAGGCCCAGGCCGGUGUCAGCUGUGUUCCUCCAAAACCCCAAUCAGUCUGAGACUCAGGUUGUAUCCCCUACACCUGCCCCUCGUUGGGGAAAAGGACGACCCCUUUCAUCUGACCUUACCUCAAAGUUUGAGUCAAUUGGGCUUUCCUUAAACUGGCGACCUCCCAAGGAGGACAGCAAAGAAAACACUCCUGAAACACUAGAGGGUGUUGGUCCUGUAGCUCAAGAGAAAGAACAUGGUGCUGAAAGGGCAGAAGGGCCGAAUAAGGCCCCUGUGCUUGAGAAAAGUACUCAAAAGGAGGAAUUGAAAGAUGAGGACUCCAAAAAAAACUCAAAACCUGAGGAUACUGGAGGUAGCAGUAUAAAGAGACGGAUCAGCCUGCUUUUGGACUCUUCUUCCACAUCCUUCUCAGUGGCUCGUGUUGAUACUCCAGAGACGGACCCUCGCUCACCGGGGCUGUCCAUCUCUGAUACUGAUGGAGCGGUGGGGGUAAAACAGCGCAUCAAGGAACUGACCGAAGAACUGCCUACUACGCUAUCACCACUCCAGAAGCCACAAUAUAAGCCACGGAACAUAGUAUCUGACCGUACUAAAAGAUUUGAAUCAGAGCUUGACAGCCUCAGUUCCAAUGAGUCCAAAGGCUCCCAGCUGGUUGAGGAAGAUCUCAACACAAAGUUUGAUUACUCCACGAUUGAAGGACAGUUCAACAAACAGGAGGACAGAAAAGUAUCAUCACUAGGAGUUCAUGACUUGCCUACCCACUCUGCUUUUAAUAGUGAUGGACUGCAAACAGUACGAGCAUCUAUGUUUGAACAUGUGGUAGAGAGGCAUAAUGUUCAAGUGAUGGAAGAUAGCAUUUCACAAGGCCCAAGAGCACAGCGGGAAAGCACAAUCAAACCCAUGCCCAGACGGAGCCACUCUUUGCGAAUUCAGGACAACAUCUUUAAAGCUCUUGAAGAUGAUGAUCCUGGAAGUUUGGUCAAAGCAACCUAUAGAGAGCAAGUUUCUCCUUCCAGCCCUGUACGCGUGGAGCAUGUCUUUGAUACUGUGGCUUUGUUUGGCGAGAGCCGUGCUGUUAGUGAGGCUUUGCCAACCGCUCAGCUUGAGGACAGAGCUCUCACGCUACGUUCACGGCGAUCAGCUCCUCAAGGUGAAGACGACAGACCUACCCAUGGGAUAAGUGACCUGCAAAAGGAUGAAGCAGCCAUUCCACGUUAUCUCAGAGUUGGGGCACUACAGAAAUGGACUGCCACAGAGGCAGACCGAGAGAUUGAAAUCGAGAGGGAACGACAGAAAGAGAUAGUGAGAAAGAUGGAAGAAGAGAUACAGAGGCAAAUAGAAUUGCACAUGGCUGCAGCAGCAGCAUUGGAGGAAGAUGAGGAAGAGAGUGAAGCAGAUAGGAAGAAACUGUUAGAAGCACAAAGGGACAGGGAAAGGGAACGAGAGGAUGUUGCUGCUCCCAAACGGCCUAAGAUGCUAGAUGCUGAAGAGCAAAUUAACAAACCCAGAGCCACUUACUUUGCUCUGACAGGUCAGAUUCAAGAGCCUGUGCAUCAGGGUCAGAGAGAGGGUGAUGAAGUAAUUUUUGGAAGAGGUAAACAAAGUAUGGUGGGUGGAGAGGACAGAGGGAUGAAGGAUGUUCCAUUUGAGGAUUUCACUCUUAGAUCAGGGAAGUGGAGUUCUCAGAAUCCAACAGCUCAAUUUAGAAGAAAUCCUUCAUUGGAAGCUGCACUCCAGAGAGCUUUGCAUGACAAUGACACUGGAGUGAGAACAGAUCCUAGAUUACAAGAAAGGGAACUGCAAAAAGCAUCCAGGGAGGAAAUAGAGAAACAAAGACUUGCAGAGUUUGAAAAGAUGAAGGAAUUGGAAAGGCAGCGAGAAAUGAAGAAACAGAGAGACUUGGAGGUUGAAAAACAAAACAAAAUUGAAAGGGAGAAAAGGAGAGAAGCUGAGAUACAGAAAGAGAAAGAGAGACAAAAAGAGCUAGAAAGACAGAGAGAGCUAGAGAGGGAGAGACAAAGGGAAUUGGAGAAACAAAGGGAAAUUGAAUGGCAGAAACGAGAGAAGGAGCGACAGAAACAAAUUGAAUAUGAGCGAAUGAAGGCUGCAGAAAAAGAACUCGAGCAGCAGAGAGAGUUUGAGAGGCAACGACAAAAAGAGUUUGAGCGAGAGAAAGAGAGAAUGCUCGACCAAGAGAGGCUUAGAUUGAGAGAAUUUGAAAAACAGAAGGAAAUAGAGAGAGAAAGAGAGACACAGCUGGAGUUGGAGAGACAGAGGGAAAAUGAAAGACAGAAGCAGAGAGAACUUGAAAAACAAAGAGAGAUGGAGAGGCUAAAGGAGUUAGAAAGGCAGCGAGAAUUAGAGAGGCAACGAGAGCUGGAGAAACAGAAAGAGCAGGACAGGGAAAGACAGAGACAGUUGGUAAGGCAGAGAGAACUGGACAGGCAAAGGGAACUUGAGAGACAACGGGAGUUAGAGAGACAACAGGAGAUUGAAAGACAGAAGGAGAUUGAAAGGCAGAAAGAACUUGAACGACAAAAGCAAGGAGAGAUAAUGAUUGAGAGAUGGAAGCGGCAGAAAGCAGAGGAGAGAGAGACCAAGAGAGAGCUGGAGGAACUUGAGAGGAUCAAGGAGCUUGAGAGACAACAGCUUCUUGAUUUUGAGUUGCAGAGACAGCGGGAAAGGCCACUCCAGCAAGAGAAAGCGAAACGGAGAUCAAAAAAAGAACGAGAAGAGAGAAAACAGCAGCCUGAAUGGCAGAGAGGAACAGAACGACAUUGGACAGAGACAGAGCAAGAGAAGGCAACACCUACAUCUCCACUUCGGCCUAAAGUUCUAGAUCUGGAUGCAGUGUCUCUGGGUGUUAGGACUGGUAGAGAUAGCCACGAGAAUAGCCCCACAGCUCGAUGGAAGCAGCCCUCACUUCGACCUGAUGAGGUUUACAAACCAGCUAUCUUAGACAUUGACUCGUUCAGGAGCCAAACCCAACCUGAUACCUUCCCUUUACCUGGAUUUGGAGGUUUAGAAUCAGGAGGUGUUAGUUCAAUGACUCAAGCUCGUCCACAGGCCAUACAAACCAAUAUUCUCCAGCCCCAAACAGCAUCUCAAGGUCAGUCUCCUUCUCAUCCCCAGUUCCACCCUCAGUCCCAGGCUUUCUUCCAGCCCUCCCCAGCAGAACGUAUGAGAACUCAACUUCCGCCACCUUUGCAACCUCAAAUUAUGCACCAAGCCCAACCUCAUUCACAGCCAUUUGAUACAGAAAGACCUAGGCCACAACCUCAAUCAUUGAUUGAGACCUCAGAUUGGGCCUUUGGCACUCAACAGCCCAUCUCAACUUUGCCAUCUGCACACACUAAUGUUUGGGGACAUAAUCAAGCAGAGCUGACUGUAGAUGAGCCUCUUUGGGUAUCAGCCAUGGAGGGAUCCAGAAGACCAAUUAGCACUAGACCUGGUGGUCUUGAGCAGAAAAUCUUGCACCAAGAGGAUAGAGGUUUAAGUAUCAUUGCAACACCCAGUUUGACCUCUUCCAUGAUUCCUGCCUUUACUCCGGUACAGCAUCCCUCUCUUGCACCACCCAUGGUUCAAAUUCAAACUCCUAUGUGGACUACACAAACAAGUGUUGGUCCCUCUGUAGCCCCUAUACUGACCCCAGAAAGAUUCUGGACCUCAGGACCUUUGAAUGUGGGGUCAAGUGGAGCUUUGGUUUCUUCUCCCGCAACACCAUUAGCUAGGAAAGAGACAUUGGUACCCACUAGUCAGGUUGCAACCUUCUCUGUCACUGAUCCUUUAUCAAGUCCAGACUGGGAGCUGGCAUCCCAGGGGCUGAGAGAGAACCGUGCCUCGCACAGGGACACAGUACAACAGAAACGUUCAAGGAGUAUGUGUCGAAGAUCUGCCCCAACGGAAAGCUCUGCUGAUGGUCCGCUUGCCCACGUGAGAACUCGCAGAAGUCGCAGUGCGCACAAAGAAAAAGUUGGAGAAAGAUCGGAGCUGGUAAAGCAGAGUGUUAGUGGACAGGAGGAGAUUGAAGACACAGAUAAUCUGGUGCAGGAGACCGACAGUCAGUACGGCACAUGGGAGACAGGACUUCGCACAGAUGACAGCCUCACUCCAGCUACACCUUCAUCUGAAGGAAACCUCACCCCGUCUCCACGGAAGGCAACCCCACCCCACACGGCCGAACAAUCCCUUCUCUUCGACACACCCGAUGGCUUGACCACAUCUCCUCACAAGCAGACAGAGCUCCCGUUCCCAGAGGCACCCACGACACUGUUAGACUCUAGUGCGCUACGGGCCAGGGUCCACUUAAACAAGAAGAGCAAUCGCAGAGCCCCUCCCUCACGAGCCGCCCGUCAUAGCGCCCUCUUAUCACAAGUACCCGAGGGAACCGAAGCAGGAGAUGAUGAAUGGCGCUACAAGGACUCAACAGAGGAGAAAAGUGACUCUCCUAAGCAGGGGGAGGAGUCCGACUCUGAGGAGCAGGCCAAGGGAAUCGACUCCCGCACUUCCUCCGUGUCUCAGCCUCAGAGAGUGGCUCUCUUCCCUGGCAUGGACCCAUCUGCUUUGAAGGCUCAGCUAAAGAAGAGAGGAGAGUCAGACAAUCAGACAGACGGCCCCUCGCCCUCUCAGCUCUCACGCUCACCGAAAUCUCCAUUCUUGCCUCGAGCUGCCCGUGUGCUGCCUCCUGCUGGUGGCAAAGAGAACGGAGAAGAGUCCUCACCUCAGUGGCUGAAAGAAUUAAAGACUAAAAAACGUUUGAGUCAGUAUGAAGGCGACAGUACAGCCUGAACAAGCAGGAUGCCUUAUAACUGCAGUAUCUGUAGCUGUAAACUCGUGACAGAAGCCUUAACCUUUGACCUGGAGUUGAUGGGAAUUCUGCUGCUGCUGCUGCUGACUACGACAUCAUUCUGUUUCGUUGGUUUUUCUGGCCUUCCUCUCCAGCCUGAGUCGUGUACAUGUGCAUGGUGCCUUUCUAAAAGAUUUCUGGCUGACAUAAAGGUCGAAGCAGAGAUCUGUGUGUGAAGCGUGUGUCCAUGUAUGUGUUGUCGAGUUUCUCUGCAGCUCUUCGUCAUAUGAGAGAGAAUUAUUUUUGCAUAGAGCCACUUUAACCUCUAGUGAGCGAGAGAUCACCGUUUAUAGUGGAACUGUGGGACCACACGCUCCUACAAGUAACCUGAAGUGCUUCAUAUAACUGGAGUAUGAUGCUGGUUUAUUUUGACCCUUUAUGUUCAUAUUAGCACAGUUAAUAUCAUGCUUUUUUUUCAUUCACUUGAUGAUUAUAGGCAUCAGUUGCACAUGCAUUUCCAUAGACGUCAUGAUUUUAUUUCUAAACUUUAUUAGUCAACAAAUCAUUGCUGAGCUGUAUAGAAAGUAUUUAGUUAUGACACAUGUUCAUGUAAUCACAGAAAGUUAUAUUUGUAUUAAUGUCGGUUUGAAAGAGGAAAAUGGUAAAUGAUCAAAAAAGGAGUCGAAAUUCUUCAUUUAAGAAGAACUGCGGCCCUCUGAACUGUAUGCGUGUUGAUGUGUGUGUGGGAACCUGAUUGGAUGGGCCACCAAAUGAAAUUAGUUCAUUUGUUUGCACACGUUUUCACAUGCAACGGUCCGUGUGUUGCCGUAUAUGGAUAAUUUGUUUAGUUUCACCAUUCCAUCAUCUUUUCAGUUGAAUACAUAAUUUCAUGAUUGGAAAAAAUUGCGCAUGUACAAUCAGUCAUUCCCUUUCUUUCACUUUAUUUUUGGUAUUUGUAUCCCAAUACUUUACUUGCUUUAAUGAUGGGCCAAAAAUGAUGGUAGGAAAUUGCACAAUCAGCAUAUAAAUCUCGUUUUCUUCCCUUACAAUGUAAUAAUGAAUAAAUACAAAGGGAAAAUGUUUUAUUUGUGUCCCUCACUCACAUCUUAAGGUUUUUUUUUUGUUUUUUUGUUAGUUUACUAGUUCGCUUAAGGGAAGUUUGAAAUGUCAAAGUACUGUAAACAUUGUUCAGAUUACAUUGCACACUAGUUGUUACCGUAUUUUUAAAAUAAAAAAAAUAAAUGCUGGGUCAUUUUGCCACUUAACAAGCACUUUCCACCUGUUAAUGAACAGCGUUUCUGACCAAUAGUCAUUUUUGUAACGCAUGAGUCUUCGUUGAUGUCUAUGUUGUGAUGUUGGUAUGCUGGUGGUGUGUGAGUAAUGUGUCCUACGGUUCUUUUUUUUUUUCUAAUAUCAGCUUCUUUUUCUUUGUCUGCCUACAGUUGUUAUAGUCUGUUUAAGGGUAAUUUGUCCUUUUUAUUUUACAUUUGACUGUAAAGAUGUUCAUUGCACUGUUGUAAUGCCAGUGUCCAAUACUGUAAAUUCUUAAUAAAAUUUACUAUAAAUUGA